UGAUGGGGAUUGCGAGCAGGAGACUUCUAGAUGGUGUCACGUUCACCUUCGGUUGUUUUUUUGCCAUGACUUGAGGACCUACUGCAUCUAUUAAUAUCACCAAUUCCACCGUUUCCAUCGAUGAAGACCAAGAGGGAAUCCAGGAGGAAGCAGGGGAGAGGAAGCAGGGGGAUGCUGCUCCUGCGGCUCGCAGACUUCCCUUCAUCCCGCUCGGUGGUGGUGUUGGAUCAGGGCGAGAGGCGCACUCUUUCCCGCGGGCUUUGAUGUAGUGAGAGUCGGCGUGCCUUGUCAGGAAAGAAGCUGGAUGAUGAUUGCGGCCUGGAUGUCUGACUCCUGGUGGAGGAAAACCCUGUAUGUGAGCGGAGGAGCGCUGCUCGCUGCUGCUGCGUAUAUCUUCUACGAACUGCUCUCUAUAAAAGAGGAGCAGGAACUUGACUCUACAGAUUCCAUCAUCCUCCACCAGUUUUCUCGCCCCGCUGUUUCUCCCAGUCUUUAUCCGUUCUGCUUGAAGAUAGAGACCUACCUGAGAAUGGUGGACCUUCCCUAUCAGACUUACUUCGACGGCCGUCUUUCUGCUCAGAGCACGAUGCCGUGGAUCGAGUACAACCACGAACGCGUGUCUGGGACGGAGUUUAUAAUCGAGUUUCUGGAGAAAAAGUUGGGCGUGAGUCUCAAUAGGAGUCUGAGUGCGGAGGAUAAGGCCAUCGCUCACACCAUCACCAAAAUGGUGGAGGAACACUUACACUGGACAUUAGCCUACUGUCAGUGGGUGGAGAAUGUGGAGGAGACCCGCCACAUGCUGAGUGUGUGUGACCUUCUGCAGUGGAGUGUGUGCGAGCUGAAUGGUAGCCUGGUGAAAAGGGAGAUGUUCUGCCAUGGCAUUGGCCACUUCAACUCACACCUCAUCCAUACACUGCUAGAGAGAGACCUGCGCAGUCUCUCCACACUGCUGGGAGAUAAGAAAUACAUCAUGGGCUCCAAAUUGUCCAGUGUGGACGCUGCAGUGUUUGGACAUCUUGCUCAGGCCAUGUGGACACUACCGGGAUCCAGACCAGAGCAGCUCAUUAAAGGUGAGCUGCCGAACCUGGCGCGAUACUGUGAGCGGAUCCGGCAUAAAUUCUGGCCCGAGUGGGUACUAGAUUACGAGGAUUUGUGUUCAGAGCCGUUCACGGAUGUUUAUAAGCAACACGGCCUGUUCUCCUGUGCUGACACUUUCGAAGACAUGGACACGCAGAGUCCUUCACAUAAAUGUUCGCCGGACACCGAUCGCUCGGGCCGCUCACUCUCCGACUCUGACAUCGAGGUCGACCAAUCAGAUGCAGAGCUGAAGUUCGAAGCUUGAAAGACGUUCAUUUUAAAAGGAGCAGACGUUUUGACAUGCACACACACACAUGCAGUUCUUAUCAGAGCUUGUGUGUCUGUGGGUGUGUGUGGAUAUGUUGUGCAUGUCACAGUUUUUUUUUAUCUAAGCAUCAGGGUUGAAAUUCUUCUUUAAGGCUGAGUAAAAAAACUAAACAUAAUGUGUCCUUAUAAAUCACUAUGAUGGCAGACUGCGUGUGUGUGUGUGUGUGUGUGUGUGUGUGUGUGUGUACAAGGUUUGCAAACCAGGGAAUGCACUGAAUUCAUACACUCUGUGAUGUGCAAAUUUAACAUCAAGUACUUGUGUUUUUAAUUGAUUUGUUGAUUGAUUGAUUGAUUGAUUGUAAAAAUGUGUCCUGUCUGUCACUACAAUAUAACUGUAAUGAUUCAGAUAAAAGGUUGCAGUUAUGUACAAUUUCACACACACACACACACACACACACACACACACAGAGAGACCUAUAUGAAUUGUUCAGGGUUGCAGUUCCUCUUCUUAGACACAAGAUGUCGCCCAUUCUCACGUUUAUCUUUCAAAUGCAAACUCGCACAUAAAACUAUAGAAUUUACAUUUUACGUUGUAUUACAUUAUUUAUUCACAAACUGCAUUGUAAUGAAAUGUAUACACUACAUUUCCCACUUUAAUACAUAUAAUGUUUAGUUUUGGGGGCUCAAAUUGGAUGAACAAAUCCAUUUUUUGUGUGUUUUUUCUUGUUUGUUUUGCUCGCUUGCUAGUAAUCAAAUCAGCUUAGCAACAGCAAGGAAAUUUCAAACUUGUACAAGAAAACUAAGAAUUUACUCUCAAAUUUGAUUAUAAAAAAUCUAUCAUAUUUUUGGUACGAUAAGAGACCUUUUUUUUCGUGUGGACUACUUUCGUAGGCCAAGAGAACUGUGAGUGUCCAUAUUUUAAAUGUGGUUGAAUGGUCACCUAAACUCAAACCCAGAAGCAUUUAUUUAUUAAUUAAUUAUAUGUCUUUGCAUUUAUUUAUUGUUGUUUUUAUUAGUAUUUGCCUAAAACAAUUUUCAAGAUGACUCCCUCUGACUGGGUCUGUAUGUCGCUGGUGCUCAAUAGUUGCUAAUGGAGACACAACAGUUAAUACUGUACCAAUUUACAAUAAAUUCAUGUUUGUAAUUAUAAACAUGGGCGAUAACAGGUAAAACAUUUGUCUUCCUCAGUGUCUGUAGGUUCACAAACUGUUUUUGGUCUGAUUUUCUGUACAUUGUAAAUAAAAGAAAU